UUGGGGCGGGCGGCGGCAGCGGCGGCGCGCGCUGCGGGUUGUGAGUGCGGAGGUGCGGACGCGCGGUGGACCUCGAGCUGCUGCAGCUGCUGCCGCAGCCGGAGGAACCUCGCUCUCCGUGCUCCGGACACCCCGGGCCUCGCCAUGGCCGACCAGCUGACCGAGGAGCAGAUUGCAGAAUUCAAGGAGGCCUUCUCCCUCUUCGACAAGGAUGGAGAUGGCACUAUUACCACCAAGGAGCUGGGGACAGUGAUGAGAUCCCUGGGACAAAACCCCACUGAAGCAGAGCUGCAGGACAUGAUCAACGAGGUGGACGCAGAUGGGAACGGGACCAUUGACUUCCCGGAGUUCCUGACCAUGAUGGCUAGAAAGAUGAAGGACACUGACAGUGAGGAGGAGAUCCGAGAGGCGUUCCGCGUCUUUGACAAGGACGGGAACGGCUACAUCAGCGCCGCAGAGCUGCGCCACGUAAUGACGAACCUGGGGGAGAAGCUGACGGAUGAGGAAGUGGAUGAGAUGAUCAGAGAGGCGGACAUCGACGGCGACGGCCAGGUCAAUUAUGAAGAGUUUGUACAGAUGAUGACCGCGAAGUGAAGGCCCGGGCAGCUGGCGAUGCCCAUCCUCCUGAUCUCUCCUCGCGCGCUCGUCUCUCUUCCACACUCCCCUGCGUUCCCGGUUCUAGCAAACACCAAUUGAUUGACUGAGAAUCUGAUAAAGCAACAAAAGAUUUGUCCCACGCUGCAUGACUGCUCUUUCUCCUUCCUCCCGAGCCCCCCUCCCGGCCCUCACUGCUCCUCCCCCUGCCGUUCAGCGCUCCAGGCCUGAUGCGUUCAUAAGACCCACCCCUCGCGGAGCCUCUGCCGCCUCCAGCCCGAGAGGCUCCUCCCUCGCGGUUUGUUUCCUCCCGUUUGUCCUCUUAUUUGGGUGCUGGGGUGGCUGCCAGCGCUGUCCCGGUCCCGCGGGGGUGCAGCCCCCACCCAGGCAAGGAGCAUGCCCGUCGCUCUUGCAUGCAGCCAGCCCUGUGAUUCCGCGUGCAGACCCCGGCAGCCCGGGGCAGGGGCCAGGCGGGGCGAGCAGAAGCACCGAGGGGGCUGAGGAAUUGUGGCGCUGAUCGGACGUGGCUCAGGAGGGGCGAGGAGCCCUCGGCAGCUAGCAUGCUUUUCCCGCCGGAGGGGCCGGCUCGGGAGGGGCCGUGCAGAGUGGACGGCUCCCAGGUCCCGCUGGCUGCUGUCCUGGAACCACCUGACCGGCUUUCUGAGACGGGCUGGGUGGGGGCUGCACGUUGGGCCACUGCCCUUCACCCUUGCCCACGUCCCUCAGGGGUCCCAGCUGUUCUGUAAAUACCUGGUGCUAACAUCCCAUGCCCUCCCCUACGGCGCACCCGCCCCCAGGGCCGUCUAGGAAUGGACGUGGGGAUGGUCGCUCUGUAAUGUGCUGGUUAGCCUUCCCCCCCGCCCCCCUUUAUGUCCCUUAAAACUUUGAUUUUGCCCCAAACCAUGCUGGGCCAGCCGAAGGGUGGGGAGAGGGAAGAUGAGCCCAACACGCCCUCACCGGAACAAACCUGCAAUAAAACGCUCCUGCCGGCCCGCUGCACUCUGCACGCAGCCGGGGCGCCCCCGCCCGCUGCCCGCCUCCGCGCUGACCUGGCCGCUUCGCUCCGCCCGCUGCCUCCGCCCCGCCCCGCCCGCUCCAGCCCCGCGGAGAGCAUGAUCCGCGCCUCGCUUCUGACUCUCACCUCCGGGACAAGUCAGUCAACGCGGACAGUCAGUCUGGGUUCUUUUCCGUCCUUUUCAUCUGGCUCCCCCACCCCGGGUCGAUCAGUGGCUUUCCUGGGACCUGCCCAGCUUUGGGACUCUUCCCCGCCCUCUAGCACCAGCCUCGAGGGCGGGAGGGACCGGCCUGGUGAGAGACCCGGCCAGGAGCUGAGGGCAAGGGCAGGUAGGCGUGAGGCUGUGGACACUUCCAGAAUGUUUGAGUUGGUUGUUUUUUUUUUUAAACCGGGCAAUAUUGUGUUCAGUUCAAGCUGUGAAGAAAAAUAUAUAUCAAUGUUUUCCAAUAAAAUACAGUGACUACCUGA